AUGGACCAGGAAAUCACCGAGGCAGCUACAGUCAAGGUGAGCAUCAAGGAUGGCAAGAUGCGAGAGCUCAAGGCGGCGAUGGUUGCACGCAGCUGUGAGGACAUGGAGCCUCUGCGCAUGGCCAUCGAGCGUGGCCGGGAGGUAGGGCUCGAGCGGUCGGAGAUUGACAAUGCGGUGCGGAUCCUGCACGACUUGGAGUUGCGCACCCAAGCCGUCGCUUUCACGGAUGUCCCGCGGUCUGACAUUCUCAAGCUGCAGGCCUGCAGUUCUCGGGAUGAGAUCGUAGAGUCCUUGAAGACUCUGAUGAAGCUGAAGGACAAGGAUGGCUUCAGGGCCGAAGUCCUCGCCGAGUUUCAUUUCCAGAACUUCGUGUUCUGUCAAAAGCAGGGCUACGGACCUGAGAAGGCCUCCGCGUUGCUCUCGAUGAUGCGCGUCCUCCACUCGCAGACCGUCGUCGGUAAGAAGGACAUCGAGGAGGCAAAAUCCUUGCUGGAAGAUCUCCUUGCCAGGCAUAGCCGCCAGCUACCGCCGUUCAGCGUGGGCAUCUUCUCCCAGGAGGAGGUGGCAUCGAUUCGCGACUACGCGACGAGGACUUUUCUUCGACACUUCAAGAUGUUUCAGUUCAUUUACCAGCAGUGCAAGGACCUGCGCAUUCGAACGAUCGAAAGCAGGGUGACGGCACGGGUUCCGAGCCUGGCGCCACUCCACACCGACUUCGAGCUCAAUCCGCACGAGGUGCCGCAGCUCCAGGAGUUCCUACGCUCUGAGGCCUCGGAAAAGGUCGUCGACAGCAAGGAGGAGGGCGCCGGGGUGGAGGCAGCUGAUCGGCGCCGCGUCCCACAGAGUGCGGCAGAGGCAAAAGUGGCCGAAGUCAUGGACGAAGUGCUGAAGAACCACCUCGGAAACCUGGAGUCGCGCAUGGCGUUGCCCACUUGA